CCCGCAGCACCAGCAUGGACGAGGAGUUCUCCUCCCAGAUGAAGAAGAUGGCCUUGGCCCUGGGCACGUCCCUCUCAGACAAGGACAUUGAGCUGCUGCCUGCGGACAUGAGGCACCAUGGGUCCUUCAACUACGUCAAGUUCUUUGAGCACAUGAAGAAGUUCCAGGGCUCUGGACAGUUGGAGAGUGUCAUCCGGAAGGCCUUCCAGACCCUGGACAAGGACAAGAGUGGGUUCAUCGAGUGGAACGAGAUCAAGUACAUCCUGUGCACCGUGCCCAUCGCCGGGCCCACCGCCCCGCUGACCGACGAGGAGGCUGAGGCCAUGAUCCAGGCAGCCGACACCGACGGGGACGGCAGGAUUGACUACGAAGAAUUUUCUGAACUCAUCAAAAAGGAGAAGAUUCCAAAAAAGAAGUAGCAGCACGACCAGCACGGGCCCGGCCGAGGGCCCCGUGGGCCACGCGGGAGAGCGAGUCUCAGAGAGCGUGGCUGGGCCGCGGGGGGCACGGCUUAUGACAG